GUUAAAUUCUCCCAUACUAGUGCAUAGACUGACAGGUCGCACUGAUGAAGCAAUACAUUACCACCGUAGUACCAAAACCCAUCCCCAAUAGAACAACCUUGCUAGGCCCCGAGCUUUCCCCUAUACAUUUCCGCGCCCCCGUAGUUGUAUUGCGUCGCCUGAGAAACUAACAACAUGAAGCGGCCGGGAAAAGCCGGAAAACCGCCGCGCGCCCAAUUAAGUUGGCCGGCGAGCUGGUCGCGGCAGCCCCUCGCGGGCUUGGAGAAUGAGGCCGGUGGGUGCGUGGCGGCGCCGCCAGUCUUCGAGGGGCCGCCCCCCGGUGCCUCGACACUUCCGACGCCGACCCCUUUCGAGGAUGCCGCCGGCGCAGAUUCCGAGCGUGGGCCCGCCGCGGCAGGUUCCGGGUUUUUUUGUUUGUUUUCUUGCCUUCGCCAUAAAUAGCGCCCGCCUGGGCCUUGCUUUUGUUUCCGCUCAUACCGAUGGAGCAAAUCAAAAAACUGAAAACAGACGCGCCGCCGGACUCAGACCCUUCCGGUGUUCUUCUGGAAAUUCCCUGCCGCGCCGCCUGGCUUCGGGAUUGUGGGGAGCAGGUUGCCGGCCGGCGUUUGCGGGAGGCUUGCGAAUGGUUCUCGGUCGAUCUGUUGGGUGUCUCUCGUUGUGAAUCGGCGGCCGUCGUCCUUGUCCAGGCGGCGAGCCCCUUCGCGGUGCGAGGCCUAAGGGCGCGGCUCGAGCGGUGGGAGGAGGAGGAGGAGAAUAUUGCCAAUUUCUUGACUCGGGGCCCUUAGUGCCGUCGUGAUUUAGCUCAAUCAGCCCCGGACCCACUUUGAACACACCUGCGACACUGAGCGACUAAGUAGGAAACCGACUUACGGGAACCCUCUCAAACGCUCCAAAAAAUCCCUCCGCAAAGAGCGCGACAAAGAAAGAAACGACGAGCCAUAGCAU